GGUGCUUUGAGGGGGCACGGUGGCCAUGGCGUCAAUGGUAGGAGCACUUGAAGGCUGGGAGGUAUAAGACUGCUGGGCAGCUUGGAACAUUGCGUCUGAUUUUCCGUCUGGGAGAGCUUGGGGAUGGUGCUCUUUUCUAGACGGAGCAGCGUAAGAGUUAUAUACGAGGAGGGCCAGACAGGCCUGCACAUAGCUGCAGCCCCAAAGCCACUAAGCUGGAGUUGGCAGCGAUCUCGAAGGAAGCCAAAAUGUACCAGGGUGGUCUCCGAAGGGGCGUCAAAGCUGACGCUGGGGCCUGCAAGACCAGGGUGGGUGCAGGGCUGGCGUUGUUGGCCUACUCGACCGGGGCUGAGAUCUUACAGGCCACUGUGUGCUCCAUGCGGCCUAGCGUGCGUUCACGCUGGCCCGCAUCUCGAGUUGAGCACUUGGCUAGAGCUGUUGCCGCCGUUGUCCUGUGCGUUGCUAUCUUAUCUGCCCCAGGCUGGCUUGAGGGCAGGAUCGUGUUGCCGAAAGCUAUGCAAUUCGGCAGCGUCUGGUCGCCGGCCACAAUACGGCAUUGGCAACCUGUAGGUGCCAUGCGGUUGAUUUCGAGCUCGACCACACGUGCGAGGCGGACUACAGGCCAUGUCGCAGUGCCGGCCUGAGGCAUCUUGGUUUCACGAGUUGAAAGUCAUUACCUGUGCUCAAUAGCUCUUGCUGCGGUCGGAGUAAUGACAGGUACGCAAGUUAGUCAGCUCGCAGAGCGUCAUGUUUUCCCCAGCUUGCCCUCCGGUAUGGAGGACUGGUGAUGCUGUCGUAUUAGCGCUGACUGCCCAAUCGAGUCCUCAUUCACAAAAAUAAUACGUGUGUCCACCACAGAGAUGCAGCACACCCUUGACAGAAAUGUUCAAA